AUGACAAUACCGACUGCUACUGCUUCUGCUUCUGCUCCUAUUGCUGGUACUGGUACUGGUACUGGUUACUGGAUAUUGAAUUCGGAAAGAUCUUUGUUGUCAUUUCAAGCAAAGGACGGCAUAAGUCAGAAGGAAAAGGAGAAAUAUUUCGUGGAUGCAGUCGCUGGACCAUCGACCUGCAAAUGUUUCAAAUGGUAUACCAUAGAAGAAUCAAAAUCAUAUCCGAUAGACGAUAAUACAAAUAAUUUAGAAGUAAUAGAUCUGUCAAUUCGUGAUUGUAAUGUUCAAUCGGUAACGAAAGUUAAAGUUAAAGAAAGUGAGGAACAGAAAGAAAGUUUGGAUCAAAAUGUUGACGAUCAAAUGUAUCAAUCAUCGAUAGAUCCUGCUGACAAAUUAAAGGACACGUUUCUUUACAAGAUCAUGACAGAUCCGACGUUUUUAGAAAAUAUACAAAAACAGAGGCAACAAUUGCAAGCGAAAAAACCAAUUUGUCCAUUUUGCCAUGAGGAAUUUUCGAAUUAUUUACAAUUGAGCGAGCACAUGGACGGUAAGAUUAAUUCAGAAACGAAUAACGAAAUAACGUGCUGCGUCUGCAAGAAAAUAUUUUCCCGUAAAAGAUAUUUGCGUCAUCAUCAAAAAUCCCAUUUGGAAAAGAACAAAUUUACCUGCGACAUUUGUACGAAAAAAUACACGCGAAUGGACAAUCUAACACGUCACAAUACUUUUCACGUGAAUCCCGAUAAGUUUCCGUGCACGUCAUGCGAAAAAACUUUCGCGCGAAAGGACCUACUUAACAAACACCUGAAGUGUCACGAAAAUAAAUUGCGCUUUUAUUGCGAGGAUUGUGACAAAUAUUUCAAAGGUCAGGUUACCUUGGAAAAUCAUAAAAAGCUUCAUCACGUCGAUUAA